AUGGUGCAGGGGUACCCACAAGGUGAUUCUCACAUUGGCUGCGCCACCAUGCAGGAGCAUGACAGGGUUCAUCGCAGUCACCUUAAUCAUCAUUCGCGUCCUAUGAGGCCUCCACCUGACACUGAGGAGAGGAGCCUACCUCUCUUUGCAGCUCCUAUCAAAGUGAAGCAAUCAACACCAGAUGAAUUGGCUCAGCAGAUACGAAGUUCUCUUGGAGACUAUGAUACUGUCAAGGAGGAUAUUAAUUAUCACCGCCUGGUCGGUGUGGAUCACAUGCCACAGACCCCAAUGCCAGCGACCAAUGCUCACAUUCAUGAUCCAGAUGCACCUUCCUCUCAUCCACCUCCCCCUCCCAUAACCAAACAUGCUGGGACCUCAAGUUCUUCCUCCAUUAAUCAUAACAUAUCCUCCUCUUCAAGUCAUAGCCGUGCAAAGCAUGGAAAUAUCCGAUAUUUCAACUCCUCUGGUUCUUCCCAGCCUGCAUGGAAGAGACCACAUGCCCCAAUACCUCCCUCUUCCUCACAUACUCACUCUUUUAAUCCCAUUAGGAAUCACAAUGUCCAUAAUGGCCUCGUUCACAAAGAUACAAAUCCUAAGCAUCACACACAUUCAUCCAUUCAAGGAUGGAACAUGCAUCCUCCUCCUGGCAAAUCCAAGCACCAACAUUCCAUGCGUCCCCCUCCUCUGCAUAUCUCUCCUGAGAUGCAAGUGCCCACCCCGGUGACAGCCAUUGCGGCUACUCCUCGAAAGGACGAUUCUCAUAGAUUUCCUUUCUUCCAGAAUCUUCCUCCUCCUGUGACUCCUCUGCGCCCCAUGUGUUCACCAGAACAACAAUUGGGACCUGCAGGGAAACCAAGCAUAGAUCUUGUAUCUGCCAAUGAUCUCAUGAAAGAUGGGAAUUCUCUCAAGUGCAGUCUUCCCCUACAUGGCAUCAACCAUGACCUUGCUUUGUCGGAGGACAGUGAUGAGGAUCAGCAGGGUUUGAAGGAAAAUUGCGUUCUUGAUUCCCCAUUGGAUCAUCAAGUCCAGAGAGAUGAUCCUGGCUCAGGGAGCCCAGCACAAGGGAGAGCUACCUCAAGAGAUAGCAAGAUGGAUGCAUCCCAAAAGUCUGACUCUGGAGCCAUAAAGAAGCGAAAUGCUGAUGGCCAGAGUGAUCCAAGUUCUGAGUCAACAGAAUCUGAAUCUGAAUCCAGUUCAGAGGAGGAAAUGGAGAAGGAGAUGAAAGCUGAACCUAAAGGAGAUGAAGAAGAGAAGAAAGAUAAAGCUGAUGACAGAAGUGAAAAUGAUGAGCCUCAGCCUUCCCCCAAGGGGAAUACUCAGAGUUGGAGCUUAAAGUCUUUCCUCAAACCAACUCCUGAACCUGGUCUGUUUGGGAGCCAGGGUUCUCAAGGAAUGUGUCCUAGUCAGUCCUCACCCUUCUCUGGGACUCCUGGAUCAACUCAUGAUGCGGGGAAGCCUGGGUUUCCUUUGGAUGAGAUCUCAAUAAAAGAAAUUCUCAGUCCUGGCCAUGGCAGUGCUGCUGCUAAUCUGCAAACUCUUCUGGGAAGCAACAGAGAACCCAAUGACAUGGAGAUAUCUUCCAUGAGUGAAGAUGAACCUGAACUCCGAGGAAAACUAGAAACUUCCUUGAAAGAUAUGCCCCCCCCUCCAAAGCUCUCACCAGUUGGUCCUGCAAGACGGAAGUCAAACAGGCAGACUAGUGCUGGUGGCUUAAGUGACAGUGAAGAUGAAUCAGGUUGCACAAGAAACACAGUGAAACGGCAGCGGCGAAAGAAGAGGACCAAAUCAACUCCCAAGUCUCGUGCUUUGGUGAAUGACAAAGAUGCAGAUGAUUCAAGCGAAGCUGUUUGCGUGGAGGUGGAGAAGAUAAGAGCCAAGAAGAAACCAAAAGUGGUUUCUCCCCGAGUGAAAGAGGAUACCUCCAGUGAUUCCGAAAGUCAUGUGGAUAUCAUGAACACACCAAAGAAGCCACAAGUUCAUCGCAAGGCAAACAAUGCCAGAUCCCCGAUCUCACCUCGUAAAUCUCCUCGACUCAGGCCAGAUCUCAUCCCUAAGCAUGCCAUCAAGGCGGGAGAGAAAAAACCACCUGCCUCCAUCCAAUCUACAUCUGAUGAAGACAGUGAUGCUCCUCAAAAAAAGACCAAAGAUGUGGAUGAUGAGGAGGAGAGUCCACCAAAGCUGAGCUCAGACACAGUAACCCAAGGAACUAAGAUGAAUGCUCUGAGGAGACUUUUCUUCAAGCCUCGAGAUAGGAGUGGGAGCAAGGAUCGUCAGUCAGCUGAGGAGAUCCCAGGCCCUCCUGUCCUUAGUCCUCAGCUUCACCUACCAUCUCAGAAAGCUGCAAAUGCAAAAAAAGAAUCAUCAAGUGAUGAAGAGAAGAUAACCAUCUCCUAUUCGCAGAUGAGAGGGAAGAAGAGGAGAGAGUCUGCAAAACAUGGAAAGGUCAUGCAAUACAAGAAGUUGAAGGCUAAUGAUGAGGCCUACAGGGAAAUAGGAUCAAACCCUGUUGCUGCUGUGCCUCUACCAAGUGCCAAGAAGGCAUUUGAGGAACACCUUCCUGCCCCAAGGACUCCUUCUGUAUCUCCAGUGCCCCCUCAGAGUCAGUCUUUGUGGUGCAAAAUAGACCUGUCUCUUCUCCAGAAAUUUCCAAAGGGGAAGGAGAAAUCCUCCUCCAAUGUUCGGACUAACUCUGAUUUGUCUGACACAAGGCCAAAGCCAGUGGAGGAGGACAAUGCUUCCAAAAAGAAGCACAAGUCCUCCAAGAAGUCUUCUAAGAAUGCGUCUGAAUUGACUCCUAGUGCCUCCAGGACUGAAGCUAAAGUUGAAUUUGCAAGAACUAGUAGGCUGAAGGUACCAUCUGUGGAGUCAUUAAGUACAAAGAGUGAUAGUGUGAGCAGCAAAUCUGUGAAGGAACAGGUGCCUGAAUCUGUGAAAAAGAAGAAACGUGAUCGUUACUCAAAGUUGAGUAAUAGGUCAAGUGAGAUGGCAGAAGUGAAGGUGGACUUUCCAGUACCUGAAAUCAAAGUUGACAAAACUGGAGACAGCAAAAUAGAACGGCAAUCAGAGGAUCCAUCCAUGUUGGUUGCCCUAAGUCGCCAUGGGAGCACAAGUAGCCUUAGCUCAGCCUGCAGUGCUGGUAGCAGAGAUCAGAAGUCCAGGAAAGAUAAGAAACGAAGUAAGAAGAAGGAGGAAGGAGCAAAUGAUGCCAAUGAGACCACUUCAUCAGUGAAAAGAAGCAUAGAAAGGGAAAGGAAUUUUGACUCCAUUGAUGAACAGCCUCAGAAACGACCAGCUGUGAAUCCCUCUGACCAGCUGCAGUUGGCAUCUGCUCAAAUACCUGGACCUUCCUCGGGUUAUGGAACUUCACCUUUUGGGUUAGAAGCACCUGAGCGUUCCUCAUUUUCUGAACGCUUUGACCCACCAACUCCAAACCCACAUAUAACUUACAACUACUGGGAAGGAAAUGUACCCAAACAACCAGUCUACUACAGCUAUUUUGAGAUGCUUCACUCAUCAAGACGGCGGCAGCUGGAGGAAGAGGAAGAGCACAGGGACCAGCAGUAUUAUCUGGGGGAAGCUAAGAAGCUGAAGCACCUGGCAGACGAUGAGAAGGACCGUACAACUCAAGCCAUGACAUAUCUAGAAGCUGUCAUGUACUUCCUCUUAACUGGGAAUGCCAUGGAGAAGGAUCGAGUUACACACAAAUCUGCUUUCAUCAUGUACAAGGAUACAUUAAAUCUUAUCAGAUACAUCUCUUCAAAGUUCCGUAAUCAUCCUAGCAGCUCACAACAUAACUCUCAAGACAACAAACUGAAUGUCCUCAGUCUGAGGUGUCAGGCCCUUCUUCACUUGAAGUUGUACCAAAUGAAGAGAUAUGAAAUGAGGGAUUUGCAUCGCUUCUUUGCUGAAUUCUUUCAAAAGACAGCAGCAGCAAGAGCCGAAUCAGCUUCAGUGGCUUGCAAUGGAACCAAUGGUGCAAAUGGAUGCAGCAGUGGUACCAGUGGUGCUGGAAAUGGUGGAAUGGUGUUGGUAAAUGGUCAUGCUCACAGUCACACUCACGUGAAUGGCCUGAAUUGGACAGGGAAGUCAACUGGCACUCCAAGCCCACUCUCACCAACACCUUCACCUGCUGGCUCUGUUGGGUCAGUUGGCUCACAGAGCUCUGGUUAUGGAAGUGGGGAACUUCGAGGAAAUGGAAAUGGAGCAUCAUCCAUGAAUCAGACUCCUCCUCAUAGUCACAAUCAACCUCCUCCACCAACAAUGGCUGUCCCGGUUCACAUCAUCGAAGCCAUGCAAAGACAAAAUUCAUACUUCAACUAUCUUCAAAACUGCCAUGAACUCUGGGACCAAGCAGACAACCUUGUGUUUCAUGGCAAUGAUACUGAUUUUUUCAUUCAGCUUGAUCGUCAAUGUGGUCCCUUGACUUUGCACAGCAGCAUUACGGACUUGGUGUCAUAUGUGCGUUGUGGGUUGCAUCGCCUCAAACCGUGGUGCCUCGGCUCUGGCUAACCUUGGGUCUUAGCCCCUCAUGCCUUCACUGAUUCAAUGUGGGAUCUCCAUUCCCUUUGUCUUUGCAUGUGCCUCACCAUGCCAAAGAAAUGCAGAGUUCUGCUUUGCCCUAAAGGCUAGGAUAAAAGAGUGAGAAAAAUGUGGUUAGGUUGAGGAUUUUUUUUACAUAUAUAUAUACAUAUAUAUAUAUAUAUUCAAGCAGGUGGAAACAAAAGAAAG